AUGAUUACAUGGAAAGACCUCUACACCGUGAUGACGGCGGUGGUCCCUCUCUACGUCGCCAUGAUCCUCGCCUACGGCUCCGUCCGGUGGUGGAAGAUCUUCACGCCGGACCAGUGCUCCGGGAUCAACCGUUUCGUCGCCAUUUUCGCCGUACCACUCCUCUCCUUCCACUUCAUCUCCACCAACGACCCUUACGCGAUGAACUUCCGGUUCAUCGCCGCCGACACCCUGCAAAAAAUCAUCAUGCUCUUCGCCCUCGGAAUCUGGACCAACGUCACCAAAUCGGGCAGCCUCGAGUGGAUGAUUACCAUUUUCUCCCUCUCCACUUUACCGAACACCUUGGUGAUGGGAAUCCCUCUGCUAAUCGCCAUGUACGGGCCGUACGCCGGGAGCUUGAUGGUUCAAGUCGUCGUCUUGCAGUGCAUCAUUUGGUACACUCUGCUUUUGUUCCUGUUCGAAUACAGGGGAGCCAAGAUUUUAAUCAUGGAGCAGUUCCCCGAAACGGCGGCGUCGAUCGUGUCGUUUAAGGUCGACUCCGACGUCGUUUCGCUCGACGGGAGGGAGUUUCUGGAGACGGAUGCUGAGAUUGGGGACGACGGGAAGCUUCACGUUAAAGUGAGGAAGUCGAAUGUUUCGAGGCGGUCGGUUUCCGGGUUGGGAUUGGGGGGAAAUGGAGGAGUCGGGUCGUUUUCCGGGUUGACUCCUCGUCCAUCGAAUUUGACCGGCGCCGAGAUCUACAGCCUGAGCUCGUCGAGGAAUCCGACUCCCCGGGGUUCGAAUUUCAAUCCGGCGGAUUUCUACUCGAUGAUGGGGGUCCAGGGGUUCGGGUCGGGGCAGGGCCCGAGGGUCUCGAAUUUCGGGGCGGCGGAUUUGUACUCUGUUCAGUCCUCUCGCGGGCCUACUCCCCGGCCGUCGAAUUUCGAGGAGAAUUGCGCCGGUACGGCCGCCGGGGUGUCGCCGAGGUUCGGGUACUACCCUGCUCCGAACCCGGAAUUCUCUUCCGCCGCGGCGGCAGCAGCUCCGGCGAAGGGAGCGAAGAGCAAUCCUCCGCCGCCGGCGGGAGCAGGGGCAACAUUGCAGCCGAGUAGCAACAAUGGUGGCAGCGGGAAAUCGAACCAUGACGCCAAGGAGCUUCAUAUGUUCGUCUGGAGUUCGAGCAAUUCUCCGGUGUCGGAAGCUGGCGGUGGAGGUGGUGCCGGCGCCGCCGGACUCCACGUUUUCGGCGGGUCGAAUGAGUCCGAUCAGGGCGCCAAGGAAAUUAGGAUGCUUGUCGCCGAUCAUCCCCAAAACGGAGAAACAGCUAAAGGGGAGUUCCCCGGCGGCGAGGAUUUCAGCUUCGCGGCGAAAGAAGGGGAAGACGAGAAGGAGAAAGAAGUGGGAGAAGGGCUGAUGGGUCUGAACAAGAUGGGAUCGACGGAGAUAGACCCGAAAGCCGCCGCUGCUGUGGCGGCCGGGGAAGGAGACGGCGGCGGGGGGAGGAACAGGCAAAUGCCGCCGGCGAGCGUGAUGACGCGGCUAAUUCUAAUCAUGGUAUGGCGGAAGCUGAUCCGCAACCCCAACACGUACUCCAGCCUCAUUGGGCUCACAUGGUCCCUCGUCGCCUUUCGUUGGCACGUAGCAAUGCCUAAAAUAAUAGAGAAGUCGAUCUCCAUACUGUCCGAUGCUGGGCUUGGAAUGGCUAUGUUCAGCUUAGGGUUGUUCAUGGCUCUGCAACCCAAGAUAAUAGCUUGUGGGAAUUCAGUGGCAUCGUUUGCCAUGGCUGUUAGGUUCCUGACAGGUCCAGCUGUGAUGGCUGCAGCUUCCAUUGCUGUUGGACUACGUGGUACCCUUCUCCAUAUUGCCAUUGUUCAGGCUGCCUUGCCACAAGGGAUUGUACCCUUCGUCUUCGCCAAGGAGUACAACGUCCACCCUGCAAUUCUCAGCACUGCGGUUAUCUUUGGAAUGUUGAUAGCAUUGCCAAUUACACUUGUUUACUACAUUCUUCUCGGGUUGUGA